AUGGUGCAAAAACCACGCAAGGUGAAGGAUUACUUGGAUGAGUUCUUGGAGACGGCAAAGAAGUGUCAACCGAAGCUUGCAGAAGAGUGGUGUCGGCUAUUCAAGGUGGGACUCCGCGGUGACAUUAGGGAUGAACUCGCUGGUGUUCUGGAGCCCCUGGAGUUUUCAUUAGUGAAGAGGGUAGUUGGUCAGGCACUAGAUGCAGAGGAAGUAUGGGCAAGGAAGUACGCAAGAGACUAA